CCUGCGCGGAGCCCGUGGCCGCGCCUGCUCGCGCUGGGCGCUCGUCGCUCGCCGGCGGCCAUGGGGGAGGCCGAGGUGGGUGGCGGGGGCGCCCCGGGCGACAAGGGUCCGGGGGAAGCGGCCACGAGCCCGGCGGAGGAGACGGUGGUGUGGAGCCCCGAGGUGGAGGUGUGCCUCUUCCACGCCAUGCUGGGCCACAAGCCCGUCGGUGUGAACCGGCACUUCCAUAUGAUUUGUAUCCGGGACAAGUUCAGCCAGAACAUUGGGCGGCAGGUUCCAUCCAAGGUCAUCUGGGACCAUCUGAGCACUAUGUAUGACAUGCAGGCACUGCAUGAGUCUGAGAUUCUCCCCUUCCCAAAUCCAGAGAGGAAUUUCGUCCUUCCUGAAGAGAUCAUUCAUGAGGUCCGAGAAGGAAAAGUGAUCAUUGAAGAGGAGAUGAAGGAGGAGAUGAAGGAAGACGUGGACCCCCACAGCGGGGCUGACGAUGUUUUUUCAUCUUCAGGGAGCUUGGGGAAAGCAACAGAAAAAUCCAGCAAAGACAAAGAGAAGAACUCUUCAGACUUGGGGUGCAAAGAAGGGGCAGAUAAGCGGAAGCGCAGCCGGGUCACCGACAAAGUGCUGACAGCAAACAGUAACCCCUCCAGCCCCAGCGCUGCCAAGCGGCGCAGAACAUAGACACCUCACCCCCGGGGCAGCAGAGGCGUUCUGAUGCUUCAAGCUACUCCUGCCUACCCUCAGUCUUCGGUGAAAGUGCUCAUCUCACAGGGACAGGCGUGCCAUGUUGCCAGCCUGUCGGGGACUCACGGACCUGAAAGACCAGGACCAACCCGGCUGGGCUGCGGAGGUAGCUGAACCCCACUGUGCCUCCUCCCAGGGCUGCCCACCUUCGCCCCCCGCUAGAGGAGGAGGCCGGGAGAAGACUGGACGUGGCAAGCAAUAACACACCGUGCCCACUCUGCCUCAGAAGGGGCACCUCGUCUUCCCUGGCUCCCGCGCUGCGCUGUCUGGCCUUCUAAGCCUCCUUUCUGCCCUGACCGGGACAUCAGGAUGGUGUGGCCCAGGAUGUCGCACUACUUGCCCUGUGCGGACGCCCCCACCCGAGAACCUAAGGACUGGAUGUUUUGCCUCAUUCACUUGUACUGUAAUGAUGUAUAUAAUUUGGUUGGUAUUUCACUAUUUAAUUUUUAAGAAAUGUAUUUUAUACUGGUGUUUUAUAUGAGCAAAAAUACUGCAGAAGUUAAACCUAUGUUGUAUUUUUUCUGAGAUGUUUUGUUUCCAGGUGACAAUUGCUGAGAUAUUUUGCUCAGUUUUUAUAUGCCAGAUACCGAGAAUUUGUAGCGGUUAUUUUUGUAAUUCUAGUGACUUGUGAAAAGACCGAAUGAACAGGCGGAGGGGAAGCACAAGCGCUGGCAGAGGCGGCCCCGCGCUGCCGGGCCGCUUCAUUUGGCGUGAGCAUUAAAGCACAGAAAAUGCAGCUGGACUCGUGUGGUUUUGACAGCCAAGGUGGUUAGCUCUUUAUGCAGUGGAAAAUUUUAUUUUUCUCGGAUUUGUGACUGGAGAGCUGACAAACAAUUUAAUGUCAUUUGAUACA